CCGAUUUGUGUGUGUUAUCUGCACCACCGCGACGGCGGUCAGUAGCCAUCUAGACCGUCUCCGAUAAACAGUCUCCGCGGGACUCGCCAACUGCCGCUACCAGUCACCGCGGUAACACGCGCGUCAACCGUAUACCUACUUCGGUGCCCGCCGGUUUCGUGUCACCUAAUACUCACGGACCAAUACCGCGAAUUAUAUCAAAAAUCUCAGAAUCUGAAACUACAGCAAUGAACUUAAACACCUCAGAACGUCCUGAAAAUGACAAAGUUUUAAAAACACAAAACGAUGAUGACCAAAGAAGAAAACCCAUGUUUUUAUUUAGCGUAGAUUACAUAUUGAAUAAAGCCGGGGAGACGAAUGCUAAAGAUGAUACCGAUCAACAAAAUAAACAGCACUUUGACUGGUUGUAUUGUACACGAUUCAAGCCUCCAAAACUUGACAGAAUAAAAAGGAAGGAUGGGCAACAUAGACAAAAACGGAGACCUGGACGUAAUCCCAGGAUACCAUUUACCACUCAACAAGUUACGGUAUUGGAACAUGAAUUCCGCCGGAGCGCAUAUUUAGGAGGAACUAACGAUGUACAUGUAUUGUCUGACAGAUUGCGACUAUCAGAAAGUAGAAUAAAAAUAUGGUUUCAAAAUCGUAGGGCCAGAGAACGUAGAGAUCAUCACAGUGGAUGUUCACCUGGAUCAUCUAGUACUAACUCUACUAAUUAUUCUCAACAACAACUGCCAAUAUCAUCUACGUCUGCAUUCAAACCAUUGAUGCCAUCACACACUUAUAUUGAAGGAAAUGAUUCUUCGUCUUGAAAACAAAACUUAUAAAAUAUAUCUUAGCAAACAAAAUUAAUUAAAUGCAAAAUGUUCCCUGCAAACUUUACAUGAAAUAUUUUAAAUAUAAGUUUGUAUCAUUUUAAUAUAAUGUGAUUUAUAUAUAAUUGGAAUUGUUUUCAAUAUCUUAGAUUUUUAUACGUUGCACGUUGUAUUA